AUGUCAAUGUCUUUGCCUCGCACACCUCCUCGCAGGUCGCGGAGCCCUAGUCCCAGUGAUCAAUCACAAAGAGGAAAGCGACACAAAUCCAGUCGGCGACGCAGAUCUAGUCCUUCCACAGUUGAAGACCGACCACAAUCCGCGAGUAGCUCUGCUACGAGUAUCGGUCAGUUCUACGGCCUCGGGGACGAAAAUGCACUCGAUAACCUGUUCGCCUCUUUCCCGCAAACACUUUCAAGUCUCCCACACCCCCAUGGUUCACAGGGCCGCCAUGAGCCUGCAUGGGGCCUUCGAUCUGACUAUGAGAUAUAUCUUCAAAAUGACUUCUUCCGUGGAAAAAGACGGAGGAGCCAGCGAGUCAGAGCGCUUAUACCAGGCCCAGAAUUUGAUCCAUUCGCCUCUGAACCUCCCGAAUCACCCCCAUCCGCCCAGCAUCUCCCAACAAGGACAAGAGCCGAGUUCGAGUCCGCAAUGCGCAUAGUACGAGAGGUUACCGGCGAAGGUCGAAGGCUAACUGUAGACCUUGCUCGAUCAUACGAACGUGUACAAGCUUGGCGAGAGAGAUGGGGAUGGUCACCAUUAAGUUUCGAAGCAUAUGACUCUCCUCCACCGUACUCUCCACCUCGUAGGUCACCCACACAACCUCCUCGAAUAUCACCGACGCCCGAAAAUAUUAGUUCCUCGCCUAUGCGACAGUCUCUAUCUCCCGCCCCGGAGCCAAUUCCGAACCCAAUAAUCCCUGGCGACCCAGCGCCCUCGGCCGAAGUUCUUUUUAAGACAACUAACGCAUUUGCAAAGGAGAACGGAUUUGGUAUUAUUCGGCGGAAUAAAUAUUCCUAUAAGGGGCGGUUGAUUAGGUACUCCAUUCAAUGCGACCGGUUUGGACAAUCUCGGGCCUCGGGGGGUUCUGGUCUUCGAACCCGAAGGUCUCGGAAGUGUGAUUGCAAAUGGAUGAUAAUUGCUGAAGCCCUAGAGGAAGGCAAGUGGCUUCUUCGACAACAUAGAGACCCGAAACAUCACCAGCAUAACCAUGAACGGAGUAUUACGCCAUCAACCAUCGAGUCAGCAAGCCGUCGCGCGGGUAUUCGAGCCAGUGAUGUAGCUGCUAUCGUUGAGGAGCAAUUCCCCGAUACAACACUCCUGCGGAAGGAUAUCUAUAAUGCCCGUUCGUUCAUUAACCGAGAGAAGCUUAAUGGCUAUACACCUACUGCGGCAUUGAUCAAACUCUUUGAUGAGAAGAAGAUCCCAUACAUCGCGAAAUGGGCCGAUGAUGAUCCAGAUAGACUACUUGGUCUUGUCUGGACCUUUCCGUACUGUCUACAGAUGUGGAAGCGCUUCCCCGAGGUGAUUAGCUUUGAUAACACAUAUAACUCUAAUCGCUUCAAGCUUCCUUUAUUCCAGGCUACUGGCCAAACCUGUCUUGGAACUGUGUUCAAUGCUGCAUUUGGCUUAAUAGAUAACGAGAGGAGGGAGGGGUUCCAAUUCCUUGCAGAGAGUGUUCGCGAGCUCAUUACAAAACACUCAAUCAGGGAACCAGAUGUCAUCAUCACAGACUUCGACAAGGCUAUGAAAGCUGCCCUUAAUGAUCAGUUUCCAAAUGCACAGCAACAGCUUUGUAUUCAUCAUAUCCUUUCAAACGUUUUGCUUAAAUCGAAGACUAGGUGGACGGGCCAACGUGAGGACAGUACUACUAGCCCUAGCGCUAGUGACAGUGAAGGCAUUCCCUCACAGGCGGAUGGCGGGUUGAGCACUACAGAUAAGCAUCUGAUCGAAGAUCGGUCGAGUAGUGAUAAGAUUCCUCAUACUUACCAAGGCGUUGUUUUAACGUGGAAAAAGGUUCUCUAUGCCGAGACUGAGGAAGCGUUUGAGCAGGCAUGGAGAGGUCUUUGUAAAGAGUUCGACGACCAACGAGCGAUCUUACAAUACCUCUACUCGACUUAUAUGCCUGUUAGUGCUCAAUGGGCACGUUGCUUUAUCCGUCGUUAUCGUAACUUCGGAAUCCGAGUUACGUCCGGCACAGAAGCAAGCAACAAUAAUAUCAAAAGCUAUCUAUUAAAUGGCAUGAGCCACCUCUACCGACUCGUCGAGGCAAUGCAGGAUAUGAUACAUGACCAAGAACGUGCCUUUAGGGAUGCCUGUGGACAGGAUGAUGUCCUCACUGCUCCACAAUACCUAGGUUCGAUGGGAAACUAUCUUGGUGAACUACGAACAACCAUGUCAUCGAAAGGACUUGGGUUAAUCAACAAGCAAUACUGUAUUGCUCGCAAAUUUCUGCCGACGGGGAAGAAUCCCUUCCCCGACUCUAUUGGACUUUGCGACGACGACUGUACGGUCUCUAUUGAGCUGGGAAUCCCAUGCUAUCAUAAAGUCUACGCAAAGCUAGAUUCUGACACACGUUUCACUAAAUGGGAGGUCCACCCACGCUGGCGACUACGGGAAUCGGCAUCUCAAGAUCCAUACCGACGAAUUCUUGACCCGAAAAUUGCCACUGCACUACGUGGAAGGCCAAAGAAUACAGCGCAGAUUAUCCCAGAAAGCCUAGCUAUUACAUCAAGUAGCCGAUCUGAUAAUCAACCAAGAGAGUGCAUAAAGCUACUCGAGAAACCAUCACACAAACUGGUGGCCAAAUUGGCAUCUCAGCCCAGCAAGGGCCAGGUAGACCUUCUGAAGUCCUAA